AUGGCUCAACAAGACAACGACCCGAGCUCAGCAUCCACUUCCACCGUCGUCUCCUCCCUCAUUCUUAACGGCGUUAUCUUUGGUGUGGAGAUUCUCGUCUUCUUUCUUCUCAGACCCCGUUUCCCGCGCAUUUACCAACCAAAGAGUGUUCUCGGUCCCCGAAAUGAGCGCACUCAACCUCUGCCAAAGAGCCUCUUUGGCUGGGUCCCGCAGUAUCUCAAGACGCCCACCACCGAAAUAAUCUCAAAUCAGGGAAUCGACGCGUUUCAAUUCGUCGACUACUUGGAGAUGAUGAUCUGGAUUUUCGUGCCCAUCUGGGGUUUCACCUGGGUGUUCCUCAUGCCCCUGUACUCUGUUCAGUCCACUGGUGGCAAGACCGGCUUUGACAUGUUCACUUUCGGCAAUGUCGGUACACCGAGACGUGAGCAGUUGCGUUACAUUGGUGUGCUCUUUGCACAAUGGAUCGUCACAUUCUGGAUUUUGUACAACAUCCGCAAGCGUCUCAGCCUCUUCGUUCAGAGGCGUCAGCAAUGGCUCGUCUCGCCGAAGUACAGUCAGUCAGCCCAAGCCAAGACCAUUCUCAUCACGGGUGUGCCCAACGACUAUCUCUCUGAGCGUAGGCUAGAGAAGAUGUACGGUCAGCUUCCUGGAGGUGUUGCAAAGAUCUGGCUUAACCGCAACCUCAAGGACUUGCCAGAACUCGUACAGGACCGCAGCAAGGCUCUCAACAAGCUCGAGUCAGCCGAAGCCAAGCUCGUCAAGCUCGCUCUUAAGAAGGUCCGCAAGGGCAAGGUGCAAGCUGGCGGCGAGGAGCACGCAACCGACAGCGAGAUGACCGUCGAGGCCGCAGACAAGUACGUGACUCGCAAAGAGCGACCUAGUCACAAGCUCGGCGCCCUCGGCUGCUUUGGAGAGAAGGUCGACACGAUCGAGUGGGCACGCGAGGAAAUCGCCAGACUCAACAAGGAAAUCGGCGACCAGCGCGAGAACCUCACCGACUUUGAGCGCUUCCCACCACAGAACAGCGCAUUCAUCCUCUUCAAUCGUCAGAUCGCAGCAGCGAUGGCCCUCAAGGCUCACGCUCACCACCAGCCUUACCGCAUGGCUUCUCACUACGGCUCUGCUCACCCCGGCGACAUCGUCUGGCCCAACCUGAACAUGAACCCUUACGAGCAAAAGAUCCGCACAGCCAUCUUUUGGGCUGCCACGCUUGGUCUCGUCAUCUUCUGGAUCAUUCCAGUGGGUUUCGUGGGUAUCGUGUCCAAUCUUACCGGCCUGUGUUCAGACGUCUCUUGGUUGGCUUGGAUGUGCAUGAUCGAGCCCGCAAGCGGUAUCAUUCAAGGUAUUCUGCCCACGGUCUUCCUUGCCGUGCUCAACAUGCUCCUGCCAAUUGUGCUCCGACUCUUCGCCAGACUCUCUGGAGUGCCGACGUACACGGGCAUCGAGCUUAGCUUGAUGGACCGAUUCUUCCUCUUCCAGAUCCUCAACAACUUCCUCUUCCUCACCAUUUUCUCUGGUGUCGCGCAGGGUGUGGGCCCGAUUGUCGACGCUCUUUCAAAUCCUCAAGGGCUGCCCGCUCUCCUCGCGAAAUACAUCCCGGGCGCUUCCAUCUUCUUCCUGUCUUACAUUGCCCUUCAAGGUCUGACCGGUGCAGCAUCCGGCUUCAUGCAGAUUGUGCCCCUCGCAAUUUUCUACGUCAAGGCUUUCCUCCUCAACUCCACGCCCCGAAGCGUCUGGCACAUCCAGAACGACAUGGGAUCGCCUGCUAUGGGUACCACUUUCCCCGUGACCAGCUUGCUCAGUGUCAUCGCCAUCGGCUACAUGGUCACCGCGCCAGUAACGGCAGGGUUUGCCAGCGUCUCUUUCAUCCUCUUCUUCUUGCUUUACAAGUACCUCUAUCUUUACGUCUACGACGUCAAGCCCGAGAAGGAGACUGGAGGUCUAUUCUUUCCCAAAGCUUGCGCGCAGCUCUUCUAUGCUCUCUACCUGGAGAUGGUCAUUCUCACUGUUCUCUUCUUCGUGGCUCAAGACGAUCAGCUCAACCAAUCUGCCAUCCCUGAAGGCGCAUUCAUGAUCGUCCUUAUCAUUCUCGUCGCCAUGUUCCAUUACACGCUGUUCAAUUCUUUCGGCGACCUCUUUACCGCCUACCCGCUCUCUCUUGCUCCCAGUGAGCAAGAGGAGAAGGCUGCCAUCUUGGACGACGCAGCCACUCGUCACGACUCCAACUCCUCUCCCGGAGAAAAGCAGAAGACGCAGGCCCAUGCUGCAGGCGGAUCUACGGCCAUCGACAUCGAUGGACCUAACAGCAAGACUAAUCUGGUGGAGGACGAGGAUGCGGAAGAGGAUCCCAUGCUCGCUUUCCAGCAUCCUGCUACCAAGGAUCCUCAGAGAACGCUCUGGUUCCCCAACGACAACCUCGGCUUGGGAUCCGCAGCUGUUGCUGGAGCCCAGAGGCACGGUCUGGAGGCGACGAACAGGAACAACGAGGUCAACGAGAAGGGUCGCAUCACUACCGACGCUCGUGUACCUCCCGGCGAGACGCUCAACUAA